CUGGCCACCUAUUGUUGUGCGUUUGUAUAAAAAGUGUGUGGACAAAAAAGUGAGGGACGCCAGACCGCAUCGGAUCGGACGAUGGCUUCCGAUGAGGAAAUUGACGAGUCCAUUGCCGAGGAAGAAAGCGGUGCAGGAAUGGAUGAAACGGCGGAUGCAUCGCUAGCGGCCGACGGUGAGGAUGGCUCGGACGAGGAGGCGACCGCGAAAAGCAACGCGCAGCAAGACGAAGACGACGACUACGAGCCGGAGGACAGCCGGAAGAAGAAGAAGGGCAAAAAGCGAAAGGCGCGCAGCAGUGACGAAAAGCGGGGCCGGAAGAAGAAAAAGCGCAAGAAGAAUGACAGCGGGGACGAGAGUGAUCAGAAACAGAGCGGCGACGACGGUGGUGGCACAUCGGCCGCGGCCGCCGCUGCUGCCGCCGCCGCAGCCGAUUCCGAUUACGAGUCGCGCCCGAAGCGGGGACGCGAUCGGAAGAAGGGCAGUAGCAGCGGAGGGAGCAGCAGUCGCAAUGAGUCGGAUAAGAAGGCGGCCGCAGCUGCAGCCGCAGCCGCCGCUGCAGCGGCCGAGGAGAAAGAAAAGAUGCCCUCGAUCCAGGAGGUGUGCAGUUCGUUCGACCUGACCGACGUGAAGAUCGAGUACUCGGAGGAGGAUUUCGAGAAUCUGGUCACCUUCAAGAUGUUCCAGACGCACGUGCGGCCAAUCUUGCAGAAGGAAAACCCGCGCGUCCCGACGGCCAAACUGAUGAUGCUGGUGGCGGCCAAGUGGCGUGAGUUCGUCACGCAAAACCCGAACAUCCCGAGUGAGGAUGCCGUGGCGGCGACGGCGGCGGCCGGUGGAGAAGAGGAGGCCCCGGGCACACCGGAGUACGUGCCCAAGUCGAGUCGAUCGCGCAGCAAAACCGAGAACAAGCACGACGACAUGGUGUACGACGACGAGGACGAAGAGGAAGAGGAGGAGAUCGAGCGCGAGAGGACACGCAAGAGCAAGAAGGGCAAGAGCGGGAGCAGUGGCGGCGGUGGCGGUGGCAGUUCGACCCGCAAGAGCAGCAGCACCAGUAGCAGCCGCAAGCAGAAAGUCCCCACGCUGAAGAUCAAGUUCGGCAAGCGCAAGAACGCCAGCUCGGAUGAGGAUCAGGAUGCGAGCGGCGGAUCGGAACGUGACUCGGAUGCGGAGUUUGAGAAGAUGCUUCAGCAAUCGGAAGAGCUGCCGGAGCGGCCCGAGCGUGGUGAAUCGUCCGGAAUGGGCGGCUCGGGUGGCAGCGGUGGCGGGGGGACGGCCGGUGAUGGGGAUGCGGGGCCCUCGUCCGAUCAGCCGCCGGUGCGGAAGAAAGCGAAAACGAAGAUCGGCAACAAGUCGAAAAAGAAGAGCAAAGCUAAGAAGAGCAAGUUCACGGGGGACGGUGGCGAGGAGGGCGAGCACGAGCACCAGGAUUACUGCGAGGUGUGCCAGCAGGGCGGCGAGAUCAUCCUGUGCGACACGUGCCCCAAGGCGUACCACCUGGUGUGCCUCGAUCCGGAGCUGGAGGACACACCGGAGGGGAAGUGGUCGUGCCCGACGUGCGAAGCGGAAGGUCCGGCCGACGAGGACGACGACGAGCAUCAGGAGUUCUGCCGGGUGUGCAAGGACGGCGGUGAGCUGCUGUGCUGUGACAACUGUCCGUCGGCGUACCACACGUUCUGUCUCAAUCCGCCGCUGGAUGACAUUCCGGACGGGGACUGGCGGUGCCCGAGGUGCAGCUGUCCACCGCUGCCCGAUAAGGUGCAGAAGAUUCUCACCUGGCGCUGGACGGACAAACCAAUCAGCAGCACGGUGGACGAUGGGGCGGCGAAGGGUGCGGCACCGGCGGCACCAACCCGCCGCCGUGAGUACUUUGUCAAGUGGGCCGAGAAAUCGUACUGGCAUUGCGAUUGGAUCACGGAACUGCAGCUGGACGUGUACCAUCCGCUCAUGUUCCGGUACUACACGCGCAAGUACGACAUGGAGGAACCGCCGAAGCUGGAGGAAGCGCUCGACGAGCAGGACAAUCGCUACAAGCGCAUCCAGCGGAUGCGCGAAAAGGGCGACGUGAACGAGAGCGAACUGGAGGAAAAGUUCUACCGAUACGGCGUGAAACCGGAGUGGCUGAUGGUGCACCGGAUCAUCAACCACCGGACGAUGCGCGACGGGCGCACACUGUAUCUGGUAAAGUGGCGCGAGCUGCCGUACGACGCCGCCACCUGGGAGGACGAAGAGGAAGAUAUCCCGGGCAUGAAGAUGGCCAUCGAGUAUUACCUGGAUCUGAGGGCCAACUGUUCGCAGGACAUCGGCGGAGGGAGCAGCGGUGGCGGAGGCAGCAGUAGCAGCAGUAGCAAGAAGAGCAAAAAGAAAGGCCGACGCCGUUUGCGCGAACUCGAGGAAGAGGAGCGUACGGCGGGCGUGAAGCGCUACACACCGCCACCGGACAAGCCGACGUCGGAUUUGAAGCGCAAGCUGGAGGUACAACCACCGUACCUGGACGAAACCGGAAUGCGGCUGCAUCCGUACCAGCUCGAGGGCAUCAACUGGUUGCGGUACUCGUGGGUUCACGGCACGGACACGAUCCUGGCGGACGAGAUGGGCCUCGGGAAGACGAUCCAGACGGCCACCUUUCUGUACUCGCUCUACAAGGAGGGUCACUGCCGGGGGCCGUUCCUGGUGGCGGUCCCUCUGUCCACGAUCAUCAACUGGGAGCGUGAGUUUGAGACGUGGGCACCGGAUUUUUACUGUAUCACGUACGUCGGUGACAAGGAGUCCCGGGCGGUGAUCCGCGAGAAUGAGCUGUCGUUCGAGGAGGGUGCCGUACGCGGGGGAAAAGCGUCCCGCAUUCGGGCCAGCUCGAUCAAGUUUAAUGUGCUGCUGACGAGCUACGAACUGAUCACGAUCGAUGCCGCGUGUCUGGGAUCGAUCGAUUGGUCGGUGCUGGUGGUGGACGAAGCGCAUCGGCUCAAGUCGAACCAGAGCAAGUUCUUUAAGAUCCUGAACGGGUACAACAUUGCGUACAAGCUGCUGCUGACCGGGACGCCGUUGCAGAACAACCUGGAGGAGCUGUUCCAUCUGCUGAACUUCCUGAACAAGAACAAGUUUAACGAGCUGGCCGAGUUCCAGAGCGAGUUUGCGGACAUCUCGAAGGAGGAACAGGUGAAGCGGCUCCACGAGAUGCUCGGACCGCACAUGCUGCGCCGGCUGAAGGCGGACGUGCUGAAGAACAUGCCGACCAAGUCGGAGUUUAUUGUGCGCGUCGAGCUGUCGCCGCUGCAGAAGAAGUACUACAAGUACAUUCUGACGCGCAACUACGAAGCGCUCAAUCCGAAGGGUGGCGGUGGCGCUUGCUCGCUCAUUAACAUCAUGAUGGAUCUGAAGAAGUGCUGCAACCACCCGUACCUGUUUGCGGCGGCCGCCGAAGAAGCGACGCUCGGGCCCGGUGGCAACUACGAGCUGCAGUCGCUGACGAAGGCGGCCGGCAAGCUGGUGCUGUUGGAGAAGAUGCUACGGCUGCUGAAAUCGCAAGGCCACCGGGUACUGAUCUUCUCGCAGAUGACCAAAAUGUUGGACAUCCUGGAGGACUUUCUGGAGGGUAUGGGCUACAAGUACGAACGGAUCGACGGAGGCAUCACGGGCAGUAUCCGGCAGGAGGCGAUCGAUCGAUUCAAUGCACCCGGAGCGCCCCAGUUUUGCUUCCUCCUGUCGACCCGUGCCGGUGGUCUCGGUAUCAAUUUGGCCACCGCCGACACGGUCAUCAUCUACGACUCCGAUUGGAACCCGCACAACGAUAUACAGGCCUUUUCGCGCGCCCAUCGUAUCGGGCAGGCCAACAAGGUGAUGAUCUAUCGGUUCGUGACGCGCAACUCGGUCGAGGAGCGUGUGACGCAGGUGGCCAAAAGGAAGAUGAUGCUGACGCAUCUGGUGGUACGGCCCGGGAUGGGCGGUAAGGGCACGAACUUUACCAAGCAAGAGCUGGACGAUAUUUUGCGCUUCGGUACGGAGGAACUGUUCAAGGAGGAGGAUGCCAAGGACGAUGGCGAGGCGAUCCAUUACGAUGACAAGGCGGUCGCCGAGUUGCUCGAUCGGUCGAACAAGGGCGUGGAGGAGAAAGAGAACUGGGCCAACGAGUAUCUGUCGUCGUUCAAGGUGGCAUCCUACUCGACGAAGGAGGACGUCGAGGAGGAAGCGGAAACCGAGGUGAUCAAACAGGAGGCCGAGAACUCGGACCCCGCGUACUGGGUGAAGCUGUUGCGUCACCACUACGAGCAGCACCAGGAGGAUCUGUCGCGGACCCUCGGCAAGGGGAAGCGGGUACGGAAGCAGGUCAACUACACGGACGGUGGCGUCAUUCAGACGGACUCGACGGUCAAGGAGGAUUCGACGUGGCAGGAGAACGUUUCCGAUUACAACAACUCCGACUACUCGGGCAACUCGGACGAGGAUCGCGAUGAGGACGACGAAGAGAGUGAGUUGGGGCGGCGUAGCCGCCGGCGGAUCGAGCGCAAGGAAGCGGAACGGGACAAUCGGCCGCUGCCACCGCUGUUGGCCCGUGUCGGGGGCAACAUCGAGGUGCUCGGUUUUAAUGCCCGCCAGCGGAAGAGCUUCCUGAAUGCGAUCAUGCGCUACGGGAUGCCACCGCAGGACGCGUUCCACUCGCAGUGGUUGGUGCGCGAUUUGCGGGGCAAAUCGGAGCGCAUCUUCAAGGCGUACGUUUCGCUGUUUAUGCGCCACCUGUGCGAACCGGGCGCCGAUAAUGCGGAAACCUUUGCCGACGGUGUCCCACGGGAGGGUCUUUCGCGUCAGCACGUCCUCACGCGCAUCGGUGUGAUGUCGUUGAUCCGCAAGAAGGUGCAAGAGUUUGAGCACAUCAACGGAUACUACAGCAUGCCGGAACUGAUCAAGCGUCCGUGCGAACCGGUCAAGAUUGCACUGGCCGCACAGCAACAAGCUCUUCCGGCGAUCACCGCUGGACCGUCGGGUGCUGGUGAGCCGGGCAGUUCGAUGACCGCUGCUGGCACUUCCGGCGGUAGUAGCGGUGAAACACCGAAAUCGGCCACCACGAGCACGAGCGCAACACCGGCCACGAGUGCGGCCCCGAGUCCGGCACCGAAUGCGACGGCUGGCGAGAAGGAAGACGAGCAGGUGACCACCACCGUGGACAAGGCAGAUGGGGGUGAAAAGGCCGAAAAGAAACCACCGACGGAAGAGGGUGGUGCUGAGGAGGACAAAGCAUCAUCUGCCGGUGACGAUACGAAGAAAACGGAAUCGACGGACGAAGCGGAGGAAAAGAAACCGACGGCAAUGGAAGUGGCCGAGGAAGACGGAAAGAAAGACGACUCCUCGGCAAAGCCCGAACCGAUGGAGAUCGGGGACGAUGGGUCAACGAAGGGGGGUAGCGAUGGUGGUGAGGUGGUGAAGAAGGAAGAACCGGUCGAUGGUGACGCCAAAGUUAAGUCUGAAGAUGCUCCACUGGAACUGAAGAAGGAAGCGCCGGCGGCGGCAGUAAAGGGGGAAAAGGAUAAGGAGGAGGACAAAAAGCCCGCCGCCGUCGAGACCCCUGGCACCGGCAGCGGAGCAGAUGGUGAGCCGAAAGCGGCCGAAACGAGCGCUCCGAAGAAGGAAGGACAUCCGGCGGAGGAAGCCGCCACUGCCGUCGCCACCGCCGCUGACGAUGACGAUGACGAUGAGGUGAAGAUCGUAGAGGAUGCCAGCACGGUCCUUCCGGUGAAGAAGGAAACGGAAGCGAAACCAGUCGCGCCACCGCCGCCGGCAUCAACCACGAUCGACGAUGAUGAUGACGAUGACGAUGUGGUGAUCGUAAAGGACGAUGACGAGGAGGUGGUCCGGAAACCGGACCCGGUAAAGGAAAAUCUGGAAGUGCACAAACGGGCCUUCAUGUUCAACAUUGCCGACGGUGGCUUCACGGAACUGCACACGCUGUGGAUCAACGAGGAAAAAGCGGCCGUCCCGGGCCGUGAGUACGAGAUCUGGCACCGUCGGCACGAUUACUGGCUGCUCGCCGGGAUCGUCACGCACGGGUACGGCCGCUGGCAGGACAUCCAGAACGACAUUCGGUUCGCGAUCAUCAACGAGCCGUUCAAGAUGGACGUCGGCAAGGGUAACUUCCUGGAGAUCAAGAACAAGUUUCUGGCGCGCCGCUUCAAGCUGCUCGAGCAAUCGCUCGUGAUCGAGGAGCAGUUGCGCCGGGCCGCACUGCUCAAUCUGGCCCAGGAUCCGGCACACCCGGCGAUGGCACUGAAUGCACGGUUUGCCGAGGUCGAGUGCCUGGCGGAAUCGCAUCAGCACCUGAGCAAGGAGUCGCUGGCGGGCAACAAACCGGCCAAUGCCGUGCUGCACAAGGUGCUGAACCAGCUCGAGGAGCUGCUGUCGGACAUGAAGUCGGACGUUUCCCGGCUGCCGGCCACACUCGCCCGCAUUCCACCCGUCGCCCAGCGGCUGCAGAUGUCGGAGCGCUCGAUUCUGUCGCGGUUGGCAGCGACCGGCAACACGGUGCAGCAGAAUCCCCCUCUGUCACAGUUCCCGCAGGGCUAUCAGGGUACCUCGCUACCCGGUUACGCGGCCGCAGCAGCGGCAGCCAAUUUUGCCACCUUCCGGCCCACCUUCUCGGUGCCGGGACAGCCGGCCAACUUCCCGAGCGGAGCCGGUGCCAGUGGGUCGGGUAGCUCGAGCAAGUAAAACAAGCGCCCGAGCAGCGAUUAGACCGAUUCUCGAGGCGUCGAUCAACGUUCGAAACUCAUGCGCGCGCUGCGCGAGAUAAUUGUAUUUGUAUCCAUUUUUCCACCAAUAAUGACUUUGCUACUAUCGAUCUAAGGAUAAAGUGUCUCUUCUAAGUGGUUAGGAUUAGGACAGGAAUAAGCUAAACCUACAUCUCAUCUGCACACUUUAGCGACACAUUAGAAAACCACAAUGGUUUUGUUUCGUUUGCGAAAAAGUGAAUUGUGCUCUAUUUGUAAGUUCGCUCCACACAGACAGUGCGUCGUUCCAAACCGGGAAGGGUUCCAAACCGAAACCUUCACUGCUUGGUCAGGCAUUUGUGCGUAAAAUUGUACUAUUAUUAAACUCUAGGACGUAACGAACGAGUGAGUGAGUGAGUAUUUACAACUAAACCGUUUCAUGUAGGACAAACCUGGACAAAAGGAAAUUCAGACAC